AUGGGUCGACGACGAAACGACUUCCCGAUCGAUGUCGUCAUCGAGACACACCUCUACGAUGAUCCCGCGUUUCACGCCGCGGCACCGGACGCGUACCUGUGCCCGCUCACGCUCAAGGUGAUGCGAAAUCCCGUGGUGGUGACGAAGACCGGGCGAACGUACGAGAAGGCGGCGAUCGAGGCUUGGAUUACGCUGAACCACGCCGAGCCGUACGACAGAAACGUGGCGCUUGAAGACUUCACCGCCGAGUGUUCGAGCAACACCGCGAUGUACGCGCUGAUCGAACACUUCGUGCGCUCGGUGCGCACGAUGCAACCGGGCGCGUUACUCGACGGCACAGUCGCGCAGCGAAUGAAACGCGCGGCGGCGAAAACGACGGUCGUCAUCGUCGAAAAAAACAUUCACGUCUUCAAGAAGCAAGCGUCGCUUUCGGGAGGCGCCUCUUCAAACGCUCACGCUGCGCUGACGACUUUGGAGAAGGGUUUGAUCCCGGACGUCCCGAAACCGAAAAAAGAGGAGGAAGUGGACGUCGUGGGCGAGCUCGUUUUCCCGGAGGAACUCCCAGAACGAGCGUACAUUCACGUAAAGUCACUCGAGUUUCCGGACAAGUCGAAACCGACCGACGGUCGAUUCUUCAGGUUCGACAUGGACGAGCUCACUCGCGUGAUCGGCCACAGCUGGGCGAACGAAGACGCAGAGGCGUACAAGACGGAAAAUUUCAGCGUUAAAACUGGCAAAGGAGCGACGUUUUGCACGUAUCGCGAUGAGAAGCGCAGCGCCAUCGUCGUCUUCGGCGGACCUGAUGGCAUGGGCGUCGGCUGCUAUCACCCCGUGUCGAGUGCUCAGCCUGGAGAUUGGGCGGUGGGUGAACCCAUCGAGCUCACCGCAUAUCGUGGAAUCCCGAAGGGCUUGCGCUUCAUGAAUCCCGAUAAGAUUUCUUCCGUAAAAUUCAGAUAUUACAUGGAUGGCGAUGAACGCGUACUUAACUCUGGUAUGAACGGAGAGCGUCCCGAGCAAAUCUUUCCCGGUCAGAGCGGUAUUUAUCCGUUAAACUGCAAGUACAAAGGCACGAGAAUCUACAACUGGCUUCAUAUCGAGUUCAAGCUCAAGUACCCGACCGGAACGGAUCCUGAGCUGAUAAACGGACGUCCCAUCACGCCCAUAGGCGUUUUCGUGGAUAAUCGUCUUUUACUUCAGCGCGGUGGAUGCGCACAAAUUUACAACUGUCGUGAUAACGAACUGCAUCACUGUACUGCGAAUGGCGACGGACCUAGUUUCCGGAGCGGAAUGCAAACGGAUAAUGAGAAUUUGCAGCACUUUGGCGCUAUGAUGUUGCAUCGCGAUCGAAUGUAUGAACCCAUCACCGACUUUAUGAUGAACUUUCGCAUGCCAGACAACGGGCCGAUGGGCGUGCCGUGCUUCAGCGAAGAAUGCGGCGGUGGCUUGCAUUUCGGUUUCUUGGAGGGCGACCCCGCCUGGUGGAAGGUUGGGAAAAACGAAUGGCCCACCUCCGAGGAAGGAAACGUCGGGGCUACGUGCGAUGACGAUGCUUCAAAAUGGGGCGACAAGGCUCUCAAGGGUCCGAACGCGAAGGAAAGCGACGAAUUCUUUGUCUACGAUCCUCGGAAGAAGGCACCCAAACCGAAGCGGCGAACUUAUAAGACGGCUUCCGGUGCUACCAUGGUGACAAAGGUGAAAUCUGAUACAUUUGUGUUUCCGAGACAGCGACGAAAACUUGUUGAUCCACAUCUCGAAGUUGUAAGCUUGGACUAUCCCGGAGGCGUGAUGCAGGGUAAGACGGAUCCGGAACCCAAAGGUAAGUGGUUCCGCUUCAAAAGCGAUCAACUUUCAGAGAUUUGCGGCAUCUCAGACUGGGGAAACGGAUGUUACGAUGGAUGGAAGACGGGCAUUAUCAAGAGUGGCGACGGAGCCUCAUUCAGUGUCGCCGAUAGAGAUCGAGGUAUUAUCGUUUUCCAGCACGAGAGUGGUUUGGGCGUCGGAUGCUCCAAUCCGUACGACUACGCGAGAGAGGGUGAAUGGAGCGUGGGUGAUCGUCUGCAGCUGUUGGCAUACUCGCAUGAAAAUCAACCACCGCCGUACACGUUCGCGUUGUCCAUCGACGAGUACAUCUGUCAGACGGAGACUGGAUGGAACCUUCCGGGACACUUGAUCCGAUUUGGUCAGUGUGGACUCGUCGGUGGAUGGUGGAAGGAGAUGGAGAUUGAGUUCAAGAUCGAAGAGGCUUCUGUGGGUACGAGAAUUUAUGGUGUGCACACUGACGCUUCGUUUGAGUCGCUACCGUUCACGGCAACGGCGCUGCGUUCAGACGGCAAGUGGCACGACAUCAAACUCAGUGAGGACGACGUGCCGUGGGGGCGCGCGUUCGCGUCUGUUAUGGACGACGUUUCCGCGGUUAGAGUGCGAUGGGAUUCGACGGAUUUGCACAAGCUCGCAAACUCGACAGCUCGCUCGGGUGGUGGCAUACACGCCAACCUUCUCGGAACUUCCACCGCGUUUAACGUUCUCGACGUUCGACAUAGUGGGCACCCGGUCGAUGGUUCCAUAUUCCGAUUCGACAAGGACGCUAUUCGCGCGGCGACGUGCGACGCUUCAAAUUGGCAGGGUCGUUACGAAGUGCUUAACUUGCGGAGCGGGAAGAAGGGCGCUGUCAUGCUGCUGGACAAGGCUGAUCAGAAAGUUUUGGCUGCGUAUUCGAAGGCGAUGCAACAAAAAGCAGAGCCAAUUGCCAUACCGGCGUCCGCGACAGUCGCGCCGCCAUCCGUCGUUGUCGUGGACACUCCUGGGGUGAAGUCAGCGCCUCUUCAGGCACGACAUCCUCCGCCGAAAGGACCGACGGGCUUUCUCUCGUGUUGCUUCUCCGCACCGGCACCGGUGGCGAGCGCGCACGUCGACGAACCAGCGGCGACGACCAUGGUGGUGUACAAAGACGUGUACAUCGACGAAGCGUCGCCGGUGAAAUCCGAGAAACUGGCUCCGACGCAAAUGAGUGCAGCGGUCGACGUUCUCGGCUUUGGAUAUUGGCUCGAUGCUGCGCAAACGCCCGCUCUCGCGCCAGGUGACUGGCAAAUCGGUGAUAUUAUAAUGCUUGCGCGACGCGACCUCGACGUCGAUGAUUUUGCUCCUUCCGUCCUCGAAGAUGGCGCCGCAGGCGUCGCCGCGUUGGAACGAGUAAAAUCGAUCGACGCCGCGGGCGCGUGGGCAAACAUUCGGUUCAUCUCGAGCGACGACGUCGCGCAAAUAACGCUUCCCAGUAUUUAG